CUCUCUCUCUCUCUCUCUGCUAUCUUACUGUCGUUCUUGCCUUACCCCUCCGCUUGGACUGGGCGUCUUGUCUCCCUUUCUUUUAAACUCUGUCGCUUCAAGCGUCUGAUCCUGCUGGCUGCGGGAUUACAGCGGUAAUUCAUCGAAGUACGCUCUCCUGGAGGUUCAACCCUUCCUUGAAAAUCGCUCAUGUUUUGGUUACGGCGCAGCGCGUCGUGCCUGGUGCUGCUGGCUGCAGCGCUCGUGGGGAUUACUCCAGGAUCCGAAGGCUUCCUGGGCGCACCUCGGUCUGCUGUCGCUGCUGGUCGGUCGGGUACGGCGGGAAGAAGGGGUUGCUGCAGAACAACAAGCGCGCGGCAAGGAGGACAAGUGAUAGUCGCAGCAAACAGCCGCGACGGUGAGGAUACAGCGGCAACCGGAGGCGACGUACAUUUAGUGAGCGCCUCUACUGCCACUUCCACCUGCCGUAACUGCAAGCAACAGUUCAACCCAGACGACAACGUGGACGGAUCUUGCUCGUAUCACCCGGGUCUGUUCAGCGGGCGACUGAACCGCAUCAACGACGUCGACACCUCCGGCCUCGAGUACUUCUGGUCUUGCUGCGGAGAGACCGACCCUUCACACCCGGGGUGCGUCAACGGGAAACACGCCUCCUACGAUGACCCCCCCGAGGGAGGGGACGGAGCGUGGAGAUCCCCGCUUACCGGCACCCUUCGGUAGUGGCGUACCGCUGGUGAUGACAGCGAGUGUAAAUCGGCCGCGCAGCAGAAUAGUACGUAGCAGUGUGCACCAUACCCUCUACGGCGGUGGAUAAUUUUUCUCUUGGCCGUCGGCUACAUGCAUCGAUCACGUCGGCCACAGCAUGAUAGAAGCGUCGGCCGGGAGCCUGAUCUCUUGACUGAUUCAUCACCAAACUAACGUACGAAGAAACUUCAUUUUAUGCUUUUGUGUAGGGUGUGGCCGCGUGCUUGUCUGUUGCUCUGUUUGCCUUCGGGGU